ACAUGUACAGAGAGAAACCUGAGAGCAGUCACUCAUUUACCUUAUUUUAAAGCACUCUAUGUCAAUAAAACAUUUAUAAUUAUAACAAAUAAUUUAUAUUUAUAAUUAUAACAAAUAUGCAUAACUCUACUCAGUAAUUUUGUAAUUUUGUUUCGUGCUGUCUAUAUUGAAAAGAGAUCUACGUUACCGACGGAGUAAUACUAAAGAUCGUUUGUCUUACGAGAUUUUGUGUAGAUGACGCAUAAAAUAGUCGUACAAGUAGCAUCAAAUAAAAUGCUGGCGUGGUCACUCUCAGGUUUCUCUCUAUAAGCAUUGUUUUUGAAAAUUUAAAUGACAAGAUACCACUUUGUGUUCAUGAGUUAGAACAAUUAUUACUUUACGUCGUUUACUUGCUUAUUUUCGAAUUUCUAUAUUGUUUGAAAAAACGCAACAAGUUGCGUGUUUUGAUGCGUUAUAUAGGUGAUUCAACUAAUAUUAUUUAAUUGUGGUUGUGUGGUGUUCAUGUGUAUGACAGAAUGGCUAUUAGCGCGUCUUUUCAUCGAAAUGUUUUUUUACUGAAUCAAUUGGUUCCACCGAGCGAUAGUUUCAAAAAACAUUUUCGAGAAGGAAUGUUUGAUAAACCGAAUACUGCAGGAUUUAUACAGGUCACCUACUAUUUAUUAACAAUAUGCGAUGUAGAGCGUUUUAGAAAACUGGUUGAAUGGCCAAUAGUUUGUAAAAAAACAGAGGCAAAGUAUCGUAAUGAUGUCAAAGACUAUUUGAAUACUAUAUCACUAGAGAAUCCAGAUAUAGGAUUCCCUCCUGUACUUAGCACAUAUUUACAUCAUGCAAGUGGCACCAAAUUCAUGAUUGUAAUGUGGAAAUUAUCUCAGCUUACAAUAAGAAGAUAUAUCAUGCAUAAUGGAGGAAAUGGUGAAGUUUUAUUCGCACCAAAGCCAGGUUCUAUAGAUGAACUCAACAAAACUUACCUACAACAGUCCAAGGCAAAUAUUAAUCGUAAUAUAGCAAGUCAUCACAGAAGUUGUUUACAGAUGGAAAAAGCUGCUAAUUCCGCACUGGCAGAAGAGAAGGAAGAGCUGGCCAAAAUCAAAGCAGAAUUGUUUGAUAAAAAACAAUCUAUGGUAAAAUACAUAGCUGAAGCUCCUGUUGAUGCAUCCAUAAAACAACGUUUAGCAGAUGUCGAGGAUUCGGAAGUUAUUCAAAUGUGGAAAAGUAGUCUAAAGGAGAGUGUACGUUACAUACGAAAACGAGUCGGAAAUUUAAAGGACCUAGAAAAAAUAUGUGAGAAUAUAAAUGGUAUAAUAUCAAAUUUAUUAAACAAUUCAAAGGCAUUGGAUGGUAAACAGUUGAAGGAAAUUAAUUGUUCUGUGAUAUCAGAGCUACCGUUUCCACCUAUUGUUCAGUGUUGCCUUUAUAAGUUGUACAAUGACAACAAAUUGAUAUAUAACAAUUUUAUUUCCCUGUUCACUUUGAUACUGUGUCAAGUGUAUCAAUCUCUGAGGAAAAACUACUUGGUAGACUUAUCACAAUGCCUCUUACAAGUACAAGCAAGUCAAGAAGACAUGAAAUCCAUGUACAAUGUGUUUAAAACUUUGUUAACAAGCAUAAUAAAUUAUACGGAGGAAACAGAAAAUAUUGUAUGCAAAAGGAAUACGACACACAUAACUGAGCAAAUUGCAUUGCCCCUCAUGAAGAGUGUGCUUCUUAUGCCGUCGCCUCUUAUUAAAAUCAACACUAAUUGUGCAGACGAAAAGAACGAUUUGCAUAAAUUAUUGCAAUUUACUCCGGGAGAAAUUCCGCAUAAAUCAUUGUUCUCAAGAUAUACACGUCGCAAACAAAAUCAUACUCCAGAUUUAAGGACAAAUUUACUCGUAUCGCGUAUCGAUAUCAAUGAUAUGAUAUUAAGUAAUAACGAGAACCAGAGCUUAAAUAUGCGUUUUAUGACGCCUCAUGUAAACCGACUACAUAAAAAAACAAUCAAAAAAUACACCCGACUUUUCUCCGCAGGUAUAAAUGGAAAUGUUAAAGCGAAUAAUAGCAUGAUAUCUCUAUCAUCUAACACACAAGCCAAUUCUUCCAUCAUUGAAAACACGAUAGGGAAAGAGUUCAAUUCAUGGGGUAGCAAUUUGGACGAGAACAUAACGAGAAGUUUAUUCAAUUUAAGCGAAGAGCCUGUCAUGACCGCACAAUAUACUCCGACAAACAUAUCGCAAGAUACGAUAGAGGAAACGGCAGAUGUGCUCAAUCAUGAAUUUAAGAUAGCUAAGCCUGAGCUAGAUGAACUAACAGAAAUAGAAUUUGUCAAUGAUGACAACAAAGGCAUAGUUUUAAAACAAGACAAUACAUCGAGAAGGCGUUCUAUCAGUGAUUUGGUGGAACGUUACAAAAAAGUACUGGAAACCAGUAAUUGUGCUACAGUGAAAUUUCAGAAGGAAUGUACGGAGUACGAAAUGGAGUAACAAAAAAAAAGAAAAUGUUGUAACAAUAUAAAGAAGUGGAUAAGUUUUCCAUAUCUAUAAAUCUUCUGCAAUAAUCUUAAUGAAGCAAGAUUUAUAAAAUUUCCAUUAAUGGAAAACUACAGUUAAUAAGAGAUUUUUUAAUUAAAAGUUCGUUGUUUAUUAGUUGUUCAUUAAAAUCCAUGAAUAACAAAGGCGAAGAUUUUAACAUUUUUUGUAUACAAUAUUUCAUAUAAAUAAAUGAUUCAGUGCAUUUACAUGAAAAUACAUAAUAUUAUGCUUUGUUUCUAAGGAUAAUUUGCAUAGUUUUAAAGUAAGAAGUUAACUAAUAACAAUGUUCUUAAGUCAAACUCAAAAAUUGUAUAAAAAAAAUGGAACAAUUUUUUUUUAGUUCAGACAUCAUAAGUGUAAUCUUCUCCUUACGUAGAAUGAAGUAGACACGAGCUAACAUUAACAUUUGUUUUCAGUGGUAGAAUUCAUUGUAUAUUUUUUAUAACAUAUAUUAUAUACAAAAUGAUUUAUAUGAAGUGAUCAAUAUAAUUAUUUGUAUAGUUCAAAUAAUUUUUUUUUUGAAUUUUACAAAUAAUUACAUUAUCCAUUUUAUAUAAAUUAUUCUGUAUAUGUAUAUUUAUGUGUAUUCUAGAUACUAGAAAUUAUGUUAUAAACUAACGUCAUAUUGUUACAAAAUAAUUUUGCCAUAUAAAAUUUUUAAAAAGUAUUUUUUUUUUAUAUAAUUUACUUUCAUCAUCUUUUUUUAUCGAGUAUCUGAUUUUACAAAUUGGCGCAAUCUAGAUAAGGAAGGGCAUUUUAAUCUUAUUUAUAUGUUUAAAAACCCUUUUUUUCUUGAUUUCGCCUAUUGCGUGUUUCUAUGCUAGAUAUACAAACAGUACUUGUAGAGAUUCUUGAUAUGUAUCUAAAAAUUAAAGAUAAAAGUUACAUUUUUUUGUUAUUACACUAAUACCAUGAAAAAAUAAUUUUAAUAUUUUAUCAAAUAACACUCCUUUAAAUUUGUGUAAUAAUAUAACGUUUUAUUUUUUCGAAUA